ACCGAUCCCACCCAUCUAACUGGUCACAUACUGCGCAGGUAUGGGAAAAAAAGUGGGGAUUACCCGCCAAGGUCCUGCCCUGAUAUCACCUGGGAACGCGCUGGUAACCCCCGAAAGCUCUUACCUGCCUCCGUCAAACAACAGUCAGCUUCAGGAUACCGAAGCGAUUGUACCCAGUGAUACAUCCACAUUUUUUUUCUAUCUAAACAAUAACAUCGUUCACACGCCGGGUUAUCUGGAAAUUCCUUAAUUAUCUCAAAUUACACCAAUCAAGCAAUAAAUUUCAAGUGAAUAAGUGUUUCGUGCUGCAAAAACAUGUGAAUAAUAAAGAAAUUGGAGGUGAUGUCAAAGAACAUUAUCAGUUAAUGUGUUUGACCCUUGUGAUGCUGAAGACCUUGAAAGGUUUCAGUGAUUGAAAUAGCAAAAACUAAUUAUUUAUACAUCCCUGAGUUCGACAAAUCCUAGUGACUUUUAGUGUGCAAGUGUUGACAGGUCAUUCUCCACGAAAUUGCCGUCGAUUCGACUCGAGAUAGUCAAUUCCAAUCUCAUUGUUUCCACUGUCCAGUGACCAUUUUCGACGGGAUAUUCAAAUUUAUUGUACGUUAAAAAUGCCGACGACAGGUGUUGGUCGAUGUGGUUAACGGAAGUUGUCUCGUAUCGAACGAAAUCGUAAAAUAAAUCAUUAAAAGAGAAAGAUUAUUGAUGUCCCUACCUGACCGUGAGGAUGAUGAUGAUGGAUAUGGGUAUGUAUGGUAGCUAUGGUAAACCAGACUCAUACUACAGUUUACAUACGAGUCAUCAGAUACCACAAUCUGGAGUACAGUCACCAGAAUUGACAAAUCCGUACUAUCCACAAGCCUCGAUAUCUCCAUAUGUCAGUACACCUGAUAUUUAUAUAACUCCUGAAUCAGGUUCGAGUGGUUCAGGUGUAUCUGGUACACCACCUCAAGGUUAUUAUUCAACCUCAGCUGGUCCAAGUUUGCCCGACGACGGAACGGCUAUUAUCUCAUCCGAGAAUGGUCUUAGCUACACGAAUUUGGACUACGCCAACUAUUCGUCAAGUUGUUCGAAUGCUGAUCAGCAUCACCAGGGAUACCAUCACAUUCAGCACUUGUCGGGCCAACAGCUUCAUUCUAGUCAUCACAAUGAGGAUUAUCAAAUCAAUCAUCACGGGGUCCAGUCAACGACCGGUAAUUACCACCAUCAGGUGCCCCAGGAUGUCAUUGGAUACAGUCAAUCCCAUGGUAUUAGACAGGAGUAUCAGACGAUUAAUUAUAAGGAGGAAAGCACUGACGGCGGUGGUUAUCACAGUUGUUUGCAGCAGUCUACUCUACACGGUGUACCUAGUCAUCAUCAUCAGGGACAACAGACUUUGCCGCAUGUUCAGGGUCAUCAACAACCGGCGCAAGUGCCUACGUACAAGUGGAUGCAGGUCAAGAGGAAUGUUCCAAAACCGACUGCACCAAAAGCCCCAUCGAACAACGGAGAUUACAAUAGUGUCCAACUGACAUCAGUACCAUCAAACUACUCAUCACCAGCCGGCACCGUAAAUUGCCUGACCGUCGGUAAUUUACCCGGAAUGUCAGGUGGUUUCAACAACACAGGCCGAACAAAUUUUACAAAUAAACAACUGACGGAAUUGGAAAAAGAGUUUCACUUCAAUAAGUACCUGACUAGGGCGAGACGAAUUGAAAUAGCGUCCACCUUACAGCUCAAUGAAACCCAGGUGAAGAUAUGGUUCCAAAAUCGUAGAAUGAAACAGAAAAAACGGAUGAAGGAGGGAUUGAUACCAAGUGAUAGUUCAGUACCAUCCGGUAUUUGCGGUGCACGGAGCAGUAGUAACUCACCAACAGGAUCAAAUCUCGAUGUUGGAGUAUCCUUCCUUCCUAAUUUUCCUAAUGAAAAUAGCCGGGAGUCCAUGAACUCCUCGAAGGAUUGAUGGGUUCCCAUUGUUUUUUAUAUUUUUUGUUCAAGACUGCUCUGUAUUUUUUUUCAUGUUUUUUAUUCCAAAGAGUCUUUCGUGAUUGUUUAACGAUGAAUGAAAAUAUAUUCUCAGUGAAAAUUACUAUGCACGUAUCACAAUUAAAGUCGCUAAAACGAAAUUACAUAUUAAUAAAUAGAAGGCGAGAUGUCGAGUGGAAAAUUCGAGAUAUGAUUUUUCCAAAACAAAUGUGAUUUGUAAACUAUAUUUUCCCCGGGAAUAUCAGACGAUUCUCAUUAACAAAAUGAUAAUAUCACGCUGCCCUGAUCCGCUCUCGUAGAGCUUUAAUCGAUCGUCAGUCAAUGGCCAAUCGCUAUUCGAUUGUUAGUCGAUUCUCAGUCGAUUAAUUGAGCAGAGAUCGAACAGAAUAUGAGUACAGAAUUGAAAAUUGAAUUUUCCAAGUCUUUGGAUCGAAAUAAAUCGUAAUCCUCAUGUAAAAAAUACAUGACAUCUGAAAUCGAUUAAUCGAAAAUGGUGGACAUAAUCGAAAUAUGGCGGGCGUAUUGAAAGCGACACAGCGACUAAGUGGCCGUCCAUGGCACUUAUUUGCCUAUACAAAAAGUGACGCGGGUCACUAAUCGAAACUGGCGGAUUUCAUGGAGAUAAUUGAUUAUGUCAUAGUCAUAAUCGAUCAUUUUACAAUCAAUAAUCGAUUAGUAAAAAAGGAAAGGGAAAACCAGCAUCAACGCCGCGGCUGCAGCGGCCCUAGUAUGUAGAAUAUAUACAACAUCUGAAAUCGAUUAAUCGAAAAUGGCGGACCUAAUCCCAAAAUGGCCGCUCACAAAAAAGGAAAAAUUGCUCAUACUUCGAAAAUGGCUAAUUCAUAGGCAUAAUUGAUUAUUCCACAGUCAUCAUCGAUCAUUCAAUAAUCGAUUAGUGAUAAAGUCAAAUGAAAACAGAUAUCAACGCUGCGGCCGAAAUGGCGCUGGUCCUAUAUAAAAUGCAAUACAGCUAGGUUACUAACCGAACAUGGCGGAUUUCAUGGAGAUAAUCGAUUAUUCCAGAAUCCCAAUGGAUAAUCGAUUAGUGAAAAAGCAAAGGCAAAGCAGGCAUCAAGAGCGUGGCCGCGGUGGCGCUAGUGUGAUUCCAAAAAAAUCUGACAUCUGAAAUCGAUUAAUCGAAAAUGAUGAAUAUAAUCGAAACAUGGCAAGGAACAUUGAAAACGACACAGCAAACAGGCGGCCGCCCUCGGAACUCGUACGAAAAAUAUAUCACUCAAUUUUAAAAAUGAAAACGAGAUUCGUGAUGAGAAUGAAUAUUCGCGAUAUAUUGUACUGCAUAGUAAUUUUCACGAGAUUAUUGCUCUCCUUUGUCAACGACCAUUAACAAUUUUGUAAUAUAAAGAAAUAAAUAUAACAAAUCACGCGGAGAAUGAGGGAUUAAGUACCCUCUCAUUGACUAAAGUUGAAUUCUUGUUUCUCGGCCAUGGGAUUUAGACGGAGCUCAUACCACCCGCUGCACUCAUACCAUUUUUACCUUGUGCGCCCCGUCAUCACGCAACCAUAAUUUAAAAAACUCGCGGCUUUCACUUGGCGUGUCUCGUUUCGUGGACUCUUUCGUGUUUCACAUUGAGAAAAAAAAAAUGGAAAAAAAAAAGUUUAUUCGUAACAUAAAAAUAAAAUGAAAAAUCUCUACAACUUAUUUGUCUGGCCGCCUAGUGCGCUUAUUUCUUUGUUGAUGGUGUAGAUAGACUACUGAGAGAUUUUUAUAUUUAUUUAAAAUUUAUCAUCGAUCAACUGUUGAAGAGAUGGAUAAGCUCAACCGAAUAAAUACCUCGGGUCAUAGAUUUUCUAUUCUUUUCUCUGUAACCGUGUAUUAAAUAUAUUUUCAAACACCAAAAGUUACCAUCGAGUAUCUCGCAAAGAUGAUGAUUUUGUUCUUGUGUACUUCGUGUAAAUUGUAAUCAAAUUAUCGAUCAUUUUAUCCUACAAUAUUAUUUUUAAAUAGAGGAGUUGCGAGGUUAAUGUAAGGGAUUCUUUGUCGAAUCGGUAGGUGAGAAAAAUCUUCUGGAUGAAGAUUAUGGGUUUUUAUGAUCUAUCACUUAUCACUUAUCAUAUUUAGACGGUCCUGUCCGGAGGUGCAAUCAGCCUCUCGGCCAUUUUACACCCUGCCCUCAGGCAGCCGUCUAGUCGCUGGUAUCGAGUAUCUGUGCCGUACGAGCUAACUCAUAGAGCCCCUUGAUCCCGUCCCUGUCGACACGUAUAUCUAUGCAAGUAGACCCGAAGACAUUCCAUCUGGCUUCAUCGUUAUGAUCUAUCAUUGGAUGUAUUUUCCAUGUUUUCCAAAAAUAAAUUAAAAAUAAUUAUGAAUUUUCAAAUGUCAUCAAUAAUAUAUGUAUAUUAUAUAUAUAUUAUAUAUAAUAUAUCAUAUAUGUUAUAUAAUAUAAUAUAUACAGACAACCGAUUUGACCAAGAAUCCCUCAUUUGAAAUAUAAUGUUUUGCGAGUAGUACUCAUUUCUAUUGUGAUAGCCCUUGACUAUAUAUAUAUAUCUACGAUCAUUAAUUUAAUAAUCAAUUGAUGAUACGAAAUAACGAAGUAAUGCCGAUAGUGAAAAGUUUAUUUAAAAAAUACUCAAUAUUAUUAUAAAUCAACUUGGAUGUAAAUAAUUUAAUCGCGAAUUUUGAAAGAGAUGGGUUGCAUAAUCUGCCUAGUACGACUCAAGGAAAAAAAGAAUUGUUACACAAACAUGUUUACCUCGAAAUGUGUUUUCAAGUGUAAUAUUUCAUAACUUGGAAUGAUGAGUAUUUAAGGAUAGCAAUUAAGGGAGUGAAAACUCGAACGGAUUUGGAUGCAAACAUUGAUUUAUCUCCGAGAGUUAACAUUAAUAGAUUUGAGGUCGAUAGCUUUCAGGAAUUGUUAGAACAAUUCUUCCGAUAUUCAACACUUGACGAUUGAUUCGAUGCUACUCAUGAAGUUAAGGAAGAUCGAAAGUCUAACACAUACUCGGAGUGGAAGAAUCUUGCCUCUAUCAGUCUAAAUUAAGUGGUAAUCGAUUGUAGUUUAUUGAAAAUAUGUAGAGAAAAUAAAUAUUAUAUUAAGAA